CUGAACAUAUAAAGGCCUUCAGAACUAUCCACUAAUCAUUCUACAUUUCAACAGCACAUAGAGGAACCACCAGCGACAUGACCCGACUACUGAUGACCGCGUGCGCACUAGCGCUGGCCGCGACGCUGGUGGCUAGUCACGCGAUACACGCUGGACCCAUCAUUGGUCAUAUUGACCACCCCCGAUACGCAUUUAACUACGCCGUCAACUCUCCCCACACGCACGACAACAAGGCGCAAUGGGAGACCAGGAACGGCGACGUCGUCAAAGGAUCCUACUCGCUGGUAGAACCCGACGGCAGCCUACGAGUGGUCGACUACUCGGCCGACGCUAAACACGGCUUCAACGCGGUCGUCAAGAAGAUUGGACCCACAGUGCACGAUUCCCCGCCUAUUGUCAAGAUCCACAAAACAGUAGCCGCACCAGUUUUAGCCCCAGUGGCAGCACCAGUUUUGGCCCCAGUAGCCCCAAUUGCAACUCCUGGUAACUACGGCUUCGGUGCUGCUCCUUUAGCCAUCGGUCUCACGAAAACCAAGCUCGGACCGUGGAGUCUGCCGUGGGAUCCUCUCACCCACUCCUACGGAGGAUGGGUCUCUGUCAGCUCACAUGGACUGCCUGGUCGAUACGCAACGAUUUUCAGCAAGAAAUAUGUCGACGGAAAACUGUACAAAUGGGCCACUGGACCUAUCCCUCUACCCUACGGCAGCUCACUGCUGUUCAAAAAGAAACAUUAAUUCAAAUUAAAUAGGGAUCUUCUUUAUGAUAAGGGGACAAAGGGAGUAUCUUAAAGAUACUUUUUUGAAGUAUGUUAUCGUACUGAAAUGAAGUAUGUGACUAGUCCUUAUAGUGCUAUUGUAAAUAAUUAGAAUUUAUU